CAUAACUGUACCUUCCAGAUCUGAGGGAGUUUUCUAUGAAUAAGCUGUGUUUGACAAAACAAUUCAGUCACAAAAUAGCUUGUUGAUAUUGCAACCUCGAUGGACGGUCGGAGCUUAUUUGUUAAAGAGCAAAUGUCCCACAUAAUUUUUCUCUUCUUAAUCAUGGUGCAAAUGCAAUACGCAAUAGCAAAAAGUGCAAAAAGUGAAAUAUAUGAUAUAUUCAACUUGGAGAAAUUCUAUGAAGAUCAGGAACGUUGUGAAGAUUUGUGCUUUUCUGACAAAAAAGAGGAAGUGAAAGCUCGACUACACAAAUACCCUCACCUUGACAAGUACGCCUGCUUUAGAGAAUGCAUGAAUGAGCUUGGGAGAAAAGGAUAUACGUCAUAGUUUCAUUUCCGUAGAUCUUUUGCCAUUGUUUAUUUUGCAAAUAAAUUUCCACGAGGUUGCAC